CCCGUAGUUGCGCCUCGACGUUCACCAUGGCGGACGAUGACCUGUACAACCUCGAAUACCUCUCACUCGUUGCCAAGAUUACCCAGGAGAUUGACAAUUACAUCGGCCUAAAUGACAAAACUCUGGCUGAAUUUGUAGUGUCUCUCCACGACCAGGCCAAGGACCUAGCCGAGUUCAAGCAAAAGUUCAGGGAGAUCGACCCAACUGCUUUCCCGGAGUCGUUCGUCGAAAAUAUAGACCGCCUUAUACUCAGCCUACAUCCCAAGCACAAAAAGUCAAAAGCACUUGCGAAUGGCAGUUUGGAUUCGCAGUCGGAGCAGGACAGAAGCAACGAACGGGAUAAACACAAACGACUUUUCCCCGGACUCGCACUACCAGACAAGGAGGUUAAGGAGGAUGUGCUGAUGAAAGAAGUGGAUGAUAUGAUGGCUCAAUUCGAGGGUGCUGCGAAGAGGAAGGCACAAGUGGGUGGAGCCGAUGAGCGAGUGAAUGGGUCAGAACGGAGAGGUCGGUCAAGGUCAAGGUCUCCACCAUUGCGCCGCCGAAGCUCUUCCCCUGAUAGAGGUCGUUCGUAUAACUCGAGGCGCGACUACGGGAAUCGAGGUCGUGCCCCACUCGACGAACGUCCCAUCUUGUACAAAAUUUAUAAUGGCCGAAUAUCCAGCGUGAGGGAUUUUGGUGCCUUCGUUCAGCUCGAAGGUGUAUCUGGGCGUGUAGAAGGAAUGGUUCACGUAUCAAAUAUUCAACAUGGUGUUCGGGCAAACUCUGCCUCAGACCUUUUGAGCAGGGGCCAGAAUGUCAAGGUCAAGGUUAUGAGUAUUGCAGGUAGCCGGAUAGGUCUAUCAAUGAAAGAUGUUGAUCAAGAGACUGGACGGGAUCUUACUCCAAAUCUUCGCAUCAAGUCAGAAGCUGAGUUAGAAGAAGAGCGCCGACGCGCUGCACGUGCCUCUGGCCCGAAUUCUCUCCCUCUACGCUCGAAGGAUGAGCCUAGCUCGAACAUACGAUCCGCAAAACGCCUUACUUCCCCGGAACGCUGGGAACUCAAACAGCUCAUCUCGUCAGGAGUUAUAGAUGCUUCAGAGUAUCCGGACUUGGAUGAAGACUUUAAUAACCCAGUAGCACGUGCAGAGGUGGAAGAAGAGCUUGAUGUGGAAAUCAGAGAAGAAGAGCCGCCAUUUUUGGCCGGGCAAACAAAACGAACGCUUGAUCUUAGUCCCAUAAAGAUUAUCAAAGCUCCCGAUGGUUCGCUGAACAGAGCUGCCAUCGGCGGUACUGCCCUUGCCAAGGAACGACGAGAACUCCGUCAACAAGAGGCCAACGAACGAGCAGACUCGGAAGCCCGUGACUUCAGCGCCCCUUGGUUGGAUCCUAUGGCCAGAGAUUCUGAGAAGUUGUUUGCUCAGGAUCUCAGAUCAAAUCUCAGAGAUCAAAAGGCAGGAGAAGUCCCAACGUGGAGGCAGACAGCGUUCAACAAGGCUACGACAUAUGGAGAGCUCACCAGCCUCAGUAUUCAAGAACAGCGACGGAGCUUGCCUAUUUACAAACUCAAGGAGCCGCUAUUACAGGCCAUCGCAGAGCACCAAGUCCUCAUCGUCGUUGGUGAUACGGGUUCCGGGAAGACUACUCAAAUGGUUCAGUAUCUUGCUGAAGCAGGAUUCGCCGACAAAGGACGAAUUGGUUGCACUCAACCACGUCGUGUGGCUGCUAUGUCAGUAGCGAAACGUGUAGCAGAGGAAGUUGGCUGUCGCCUGGGACAGGAAGUCGGCUAUACCAUUCGAUUCGAAGAUUGCACAAGUCCGGAAACGAAAAUCAAAUACAUGACGGACGGUAUGCUUCAGCGCGAGUCCGUCAUCGAUCCACUCUGCAGUCAAUACUCGGUAGUUAUGUUGGACGAAGCUCACGAACGAACUAUCGCCACUGAUGUACUAUUUGGUUUGUUAAAAAAGGCUGUGAAAAAGCGCCCAGACUUGAAGUUGAUCGUCACGUCGGCUACCUUGGACGCCGAGAAGUUUUCAAAGUACUUCUUUGGCUGCCCUAUCUUCACUAUUCCCGGUCGCACAUACCCAGUCGAGAUUCUCUACACCAAGGAACCGGAGAGUGAUUACCUUGAUGCAUCUCUCAUCACUGUAAUGCAGAUCCACCUCUCUGAACCCCCAGGGGACGUUCUCCUAUUUUUGACAGGUCAGGAGGAGAUCGACACAGCUUGUGAAAUCUUAUUCGAGCGCAUGAAAGCGCUUGGACCGAAGGUACCAGAGCUCAUCAUCCUUCCGAUCUACUCUGCAUUGCCUUCCGAGGUCCAGUCUCGCGUGUUCGAACCGACCCCUGCCGGAGCACGCAAAGUGGUCAUUGCCACUAACGUGGCUGAAACAAGUUUGACCAUACCCGGCAUAUACUAUGUCAUCGAUCCCGGUUUUUCGAAGCAAAAUUGCUUCGACCCACGCCUUGGAAUGGACUCGUUGGUGGUCAUGCCGAUAUCUCAAGCACAAGCACGCCAGCGUUCAGGUCGUGCUGGGAGAACUGGUCCUGGGAAAUGCUAUCGCCUUUACACCGAAGCUGCCUAUCGUAACGAGAUGUCGCCUACCUCAAUCCCAGAUAUUCAGAGAACUAACCUCGCACAUACCAUUUUGAUGCUGAAGGCAAUGGGCAUUAACGACUUGCUUAGCUUUGACUUCAUGGACCCGCCGCCCGCUCAAACGAUGUUGACCGCGAUGGAGUCGCUAUACGCACUAUCUGCACUUGAUGACGAAGGCCUAUUGACUCGUCUUGGGCGCAAGAUGGCCGACUUUCCCAUGGAGCCUCCUCUAGCGAAGAUGCUUAUCGCCUCUGUAGAGCUUGGGUGUUCUGAGGAGAUCCUGUCUAUUGUUGCUAUGCUGUCCGUGCAAACCGUCUUCUACCGGCCAAAGGAGAAGCAAGCACAAGCAGACUCGAAGAAAGCGAAAUUCCACCAGCCAGAGGGUGAUCACCUGACACUGCUUACAGUCUAUAAUGGCUGGAAGGCCGCCAACUAUUCGAACCCGUGGUGUUACGAGAAUUUCAUUCAAGCUCGAAGUAUGAGGCGAGCACAGGACAUUCGCAAGCAACUCGUGGGUAUCAUGGAUCGAUACAAGCACGACAUUUUAUCAGCUGGCAAGGAUUAUAAUCGUGUUCGGAAGGCAAUAUGUUCAGGUUUCUUCCGAAACGCCGCAAAGAAGGAUCCCCAAGAGGGGUAUAAGACUCUCGUGGAGGGUACGCCAGUGUACAUCCAUCCGUCAUCCGCACUCUUCAACCGGGCUCCCGAGUGGCUAAUCUAUAACGAGUUGGUGCUAACAACUCGAGAAUACUGCCACAAUGUCACCACCAUUGAGCCCAAAUGGCUGGUCGAGGUCGCACCGCAAUUCUUCAAAGUCGCUGAUGCCAACAAGAUUAGCAAACGGAAGAAACAAGAGAAGAUCGAACCACUGUAUAACAAGUACGAGAAACCGGACGAAUGGCGGUUAUCGAAGGUCAAGCGGAGUGCUCGUUCAAGCCAAACCUUUGGUUGAUCCCUUCACCGUUUCAAGAAUCAAUUGGGCAUCUCUUUUUGUUUUUGUUUUUAUGUAUCUAUAGAUUACUUUGAUCAUGAACUAGUACAUCGCCUUGCAAUAUAUUCAUUCGGUUCA